AUGGGUUCCACAGAAGAAGAAAAAAUGACUACAACAAAUAAACCAGUUAUUAAUUCACAAUCACAACAAGCUGAUAAUUCAGAAGUAAUACGAAGACAUAUUCACAGUUUAGGCGAAAAAGAUUCACCUGAUAUGAAAACAUGGUUAUCCACCUUAAACAAACUUUAUGAUGAUUGGAAUUAUUCAUCAUCACAACGAUGA